GUGUCAGUCUCAAUUGAACUGUCAUCAAUAAUAGCUCGACUGAAUCUGAAACGGAAAUAUGCUUUGUAAGCUAUGGACCUUAUCGCUUGGGACGUUGCUGAUUACCAUUCUAAGUGCGCAUCUAGUGCAAUCCCAAGCACCGCAUCACUUCCAGACGGAGCAUCAAUAUGCUGGAGGUUGGGGAGGAGGAGCCUAUUCUCAGGCUCACAGGCCUGAAGAGCUACAUCAUCACCAUGAACACUACAAUCAUGACGGUCAAUCACAUCACGGACAUGACUAUAAUUCCAAUCAAUUCCACGAUGGCUACCGAGGUGUUAACCGCUUUGGACACGGUCAGGAUCCCAGAUAUGGUGGACAUUCAUAUGGAGAAUGGCAGCAGGGACAAAGAUAUCCAGGUCAACCUGGCUCUGGGUACACAGGUCAAAGACCUGGAGAAGGUUUUGAGGUUCAGCCAGCUGCUGGAUUCCGACCGGGACCUGGCAUCGGGGGACAUAGACAUGGUAAUGGUUUCAGAGGACAGCCAGACGUUGGAUACGUUGAUCAAAUGAGACCCGGUUACGGCGGAUACGUCGGACCCUUCCAGCCGAGCCCAGGUCAACCCCAGCAACCAGAACAGCCAGGUGCUGGAUUCCGUCAGGGAGCUGGCAUUGGAGGACAUAGACACGGUGGUGGUUUUGGAGGACAAAAUGACCAAAUGAGACCCGGUUACGGUGGAUACGUCGGACCCCUACAGCCUAGGCCAGGUCAACCCCAGCAGCCAGAUCAGACGGUGUUUCAACCAAGCCCUCAUUCGGACGGCCAAGACACUUCGGAGUCCAACUUCCCAAAAGCUGGCAAUGCUAACUAUCCAUUGCAACCACGUCCAGGCGGUACUGAUCCAAUUGUAUUUCAACCAGGCAAUGAUCAAUCUGGCAACGCUAACAAUCCCUUGCAGCCAAGACCAGGACAACGGAAUGCUGAUCAAACGCCAUUCCAGCAACCAGGAGACGGACAGUCUGGCAGCCCCAUACAGCCACGUCCUCACUCGAAUGGUCAAGACACUUCACAGCUUAACUUUGAAACAGCUGGUAGCACUGUGCAGCCACACCCGGAACAUGGUAGUCCGGGCUCCACUGUAUUUCAACAACCAGGCAGUGAUCAAUCUGGCAACGCUGACAAUCCCUUACAGCCAAGACCGGGACAAAGCAAUUUCGAUCAAACCUCAUUCCAGCAAUCAGGAGAGAAGCCAUCUGGCAACCCCAUACAACCACGUCCUCACUCGAACGCAUUUGAACAAUCUGGCAGCACAAUUCAACCACGUCCCACAGAUUAUUCCGAAUUCCACUUCCAGGAACCCAGUGAGGAAGUCUCUCCCAAUAAAAUCCAGCCACUUCCUGGACAAGGUCAAAGUCAGAACCCUGGAGACGCGCAUGUUGGCAGUACAAUCAAACCGCAUCCUAAUCUGGGCAGUAAUCCAGUCGACAGCACUGUUGAAGACAAUAUUUCGACCAUUUUUAAUACAAAGGAAUUUUUAUCGCCCCAAUUAGCCGAAGAAAGCCAUGGACUUGUUGACCCAAUGUCUCAAACUAAGGGCGAUAAUCCGUUAAUAGUAAAUCGCAACCUCUUGAACACAGAUCCGAAAUGUACCGAUGGAAAGUCUUUGAAUGGUGGACGUUGCCGUGCAAGCGCAUAAAAUAAAUUUUAAACAUGAACACUUAUUUCUAAUCUAAUUACUUGACUAAGAAAUUAUACAGAUUGGCUAGAUAAAGUAUUGAGUAGUUAAUAUAGAAUUGCAACAAAGAUUCGGCUAUAAAUAAACACUUUAUUUUCUUGAUAUGCUAGGUGGGGUUAUCGAAUUUCAACCACUGUGCCAUUUGAAAAAAACUAUUUUGUGAUUGACUAGAUUGAAUAAUUAAUAAAGACUUGCAAAAAAGA